GGCCUAUCUCUUUUUGGACACAUUCAUUCCGCCCAAGGAAUCACACAGCCAGUUUUUAUGUCCGACCCGAACAUUCAGAAGUAUGUUUCGGGCACGCUCGGGCCUCCUUCGAUGGUGGCGCUCUGGUCUCCGUUGACGAUGGCACUCUUCGAGAUGCCUGUCUCCGCCUGUUGCCGAAUCUGCAUGCUAAUCGCGCUUGCUUGAUCUUUCCCUCGGUCAUGUCCGAACCCCACAGCCUUGCUGCUUACGACCCUUUUGCUGAUACCGGCGAAAACAGCGAGCUCUCCGUCGAGGGCUACAUCCACAUUCGUAUUCAGCAGAGAAACGGCCGCAAGACCCUCACCACCGUCCAAGGCCUGCCUGCUGAGCUUGACCAGAAGCUCGUCCUGAAGGCCUUCAAGAAGGAAUUUGCCUGCAACGGCACUGUUGUGCAGGACGAGGACCUCGGCGAAGUCAUCCAGCUUCAGGGCGACCACCGUGUGAAGGUCCAGCAGUUCCUCGUGGCUCAGGGCAUCGUUACCAAGGACAAGGUCAAGAUCCACGGUUUCUGA